AUGCCACGUAGGCAAUUUCAGGCCGACCUCCAGAAGGCUGCCGAUGGCCUCCUCCUAGCUGCUGGCAUCUCGGAUGUGCGACCAGGCGCUGACGAUGGCGAGUUCACCUUCACUUGUAUGGCCGAUGGUCAGCCGCUCAAUGUCUCCGCCCUCGUCACAGACGUCUCCGAAUAUCCCUCGAGCCACACCUGCAUGAUCUUCGCAGGGGAUAACGCCUCAGCAGGUGUUGCUGCCGCGCUCAAUGAUAUCACCGAUGCUGCUACAGCCAAGACGAUACCUCAGAUUCUCGAGCUUGUGUCCAGCAGGCUUGAGUCGACUGAUGGCGACGGUGAUAGCCAGAUGGUUGGCUCGCAAGAUUUUGAUGAUUUCGAGGGUUAUGAGGAUGAUGACGAAGAUGAAGAAGACUAUUUUCCUGGUGAUGACGACCUCCUACCCAAACCUCGCAUCACACACACUUCAGGAUUGGGCGAGCCCUCUGUAGCGGUCACAUCUGACUUCAGGCGCCGUAUUCGGAAUGACCUUCUAGUCGCCAAGAGCGAGGGCUUCAAGGUAGGACAUCUAGGAGGUCUCAUGGUGGGCCUGGCAUGUUAUGUAUCCCUAGCCAUUCGCAUAUCCAAACUGGGCAUCUCAGAAGAAGCGAUGAAGGCAUGGCAGGUUGAGCCUUCGGAAUACCUUGUUGCAAUAUGUCACUACCCGUUAGGGUACAAGAGCAUGGAUGACUACCGGUCCUACGAUGCCCAUCAAGCUCGCCGCAACUUUGGAGUCCGUAUCGGUGUAUCGACAACCUACAAGCCGACCAUACAAGAGGCUGUUGCAGCGUUUGCUGUGGUGAACAAAGAGAACGAGAACGAGCGAGAGGAUUCCCAACAGGGCGAAUCUCAAAACACAUUGCCUGCGCAGUCGAGCGGCUUCCGUAAUUCCUUCGUUUCCAGGCCCCUGAAUGAGCUAUUUGAGCAACGAUUCUCCCUGCUCUUGAAGUACCGCUAUGGAGGAAUGCCAUGGCAAGGCGCUGAACUGUUCUAUAACGAUGUGCUCCUAAAUUCAUCAUACGGAGAGCAUGACGCCGCGCAUGACAAGUACUACGAGGACGAGCGUGCCAGUACUACUUGGCCCAAAAUUGUUACCGCCGAUCACAUUACCUCUUCAGUCGGCCAUCCACAUUCCCUACCUCUGGUCAGCAUGCAGUUUGUGCUAAGGCAUUUCGUACGGUGUACCGAGUUCUGCUUGAUUUGCUUCAGCAAGAUGUCGGACGACCUGCAAGCGAUCAAGCCCUACGUCUGCGAAAACCCGCUGUGUCUGUAUCAGUAUAUGUCACUGGGCUUUGGUCCGAGCAUAGAGCACGAAAUAACCUCUCAGCCCAAGGUUGUGGAUUUACUAGUCAGCUUUUGCUAUUCUAGCGCGCGCGCCGGAAGGCUCAAGGAAUUUCCUACUGGUCUCAGCUUGGCUGUUCCGCCUCCCGUAUCUAGUAAACAAGGAAACCACCAAGUCGUACCGUACCAUGGUGCAACCGAGCAACCGCGUUCUGUGUAUGAUACUCCGCCAGUAGCCGCGAUGAGUAUGCGGUUCAACGAGGGCAACCUAGAGAUGCUUUUCGAAAACUCAAAGGCGCCUUGUCCCGUAACGCCUGGCUCUUGGGUAGUCAUUCGGGUGGAUGAGGAAAUCGAUAGAGUCAUACACUGUCGCGUGAUUGAUACUUCACUUUACCCAUCGGUGAAGGUAUCCAAGCCUGUCGUUGCCGCGUUGGUUGACGUCCCGAACAACGAUGACAUACACCCACAUACGUUGUCAUCAUACAGAGACCAGGCGCCGCAGCAGAGCAACAAGAUACAAUCAAAACUGGACCAGAGAGAUCAUUUCCGGUCUGCGAGUUUCUAUCUCUACGAUCAUAACUUUGAUGAUCUCAAAGAUCACGAGAAGCAAGAGACGAUAGUGUCGCUCUUGCAUGUGCUUCCGCCUGUCGAGGAGAUGAGGAAAUAUCUGUUGCGCAAAUCAGAGUCACUUCUAAGUUCUUGGGUUGAUCGCCUGCCCUCUGCUGCCCUUGGAAUCUUACGUUGGGUUAUUGCCUCAAACCGCGCUUGUAUUUUGCAGGUGGAUGAGGGAGAUUCUCCGGGCGGCCGCAAAGCUGAAGGGCGAGUCUAUGGAAUGGGCGGCUGGGCACAAUUCCGUUUCGCAAUGGGUGCGCCUGACAAGGAACGCCGCUUCAUUGAGGCAGUACGACAAACCAAAGAGAGGCUGCAUCUUAGAUACCCCACUCUUUUUGCCUGGCAUGGCAGUCCGCUCCACAACUGGCAUAGCAUCAUUCGAGAAGGUCUUCAUUUCAAAGAGACGCACCAUGGACGGGCCUAUGGGCAUGGUGUCUAUCAUGCCCCUAAUGUGAAUACAAGUCUAGGAUACUCCAACAUGCAGGUAGGCGCUUCGUGGCCGAUGAGCGAACUCAAAAUCCAGCAAGCCUUGGCUCUGAACGAAAUUGUAAAUGCUCCAGGGGAGUACGUCAGCCAGAACCCACAUCUGGUUGUCGCCCAACUCGAUUGGAUCCAGACUCGCUAUCUCUUUGUACGAAAACGUGCCGACAUCUCCAGUGCCACUGCACCUAAUCCAGUCUCAAAACCACUUGAGUUUAUUGAACAAGAUCCAAGUCGAACCCCUCUUGGCGUUGAUGGACCGCUCGUUAUUCCAAUCCACGCUAUUGCCGCAUCUCGGCGGUACAAGCCGACUGUGUAUGGACUAUCCAAGAGGCAGAAGCCUUCUAGGAAGCCCCGGUUUGAUACUAUAGAGGUCGGUUGCGAGGACGACGAUACAGACAGCGUUGCAACUCUUGAAGAGGAUCUCGUCAUUUUCGACGAAGAUGAAUAUGAGAAUGACAGCUUCAAGCCACAGUACGCUGAGGAGUCUAUCCCUACGCCGAACUCGAUCAUGGAAGGCAAAGGCAAAUCCAAGAUGACAGCUAUCUCAUCGUUCUCAUCAAAGAUCUUCGGCAAGUCAGCCCAGAAGGUACCACAAAAGCCUCUUACCGACUAUAUCCCUGGCACUCUGGAUUACUCGAAACUUCCCAUGAUUGCGACGCCAGUAUGGGCAACUACAUCUGCUACCAAGCGUUUGAUGAAAGACUUUAGAGAUAUUAUCUCUAUCCAGAACAGGGAGCCACUUCAUGAACUAGGAUGGCACAUUGACGAAGACAAGAUGGACAACAUCUAUCAAUGGAUUGUGGAGCUCCACUCGUUCGACCCCAAGUUACCACUAGCGCAGGAUAUGAAGAAGAGUGGUAUCAAGAGCAUUGUUCUGGAGUUGCGCUUUGGCAAGGAUCAUCCAAUGAGUCCACCGUUCGUCCGGGUCAUCCGCCCUCGCUUCCUUGGCUUCAAUCAGGGUGGAGGUGGUCACGUCACUGCCGGUGGUGCCAUGUGCAUGGAGCUUCUGACCAACGAUGGCUGGAGCGCUGUUUCCUCUAUCGAAUCUGUUCUCCUUCAGGUCCGAAUGGCCAUUUGCAGCGUGGACCCAAAGCCAGCUCGUUUAUCGCCAGGUGGCCCGUCGGACUAUCAUGUUGGUGAAGCAGUCGAAGCGUAUAAGCGGGCUUGCAAUGUCCAUGGUUGGACUGUUCCCCCGGGUUUUAAUGAGACGACGUCUGGUUCGGCUAACCCAUACUAA